UGUAGCAUUUGUGUUUAAAGUCCCCCGUGCCCUCAAAUCUCAUCACCACUAUCACGGUUUCACUGUCCAAAUUAACAUGACUCCACCUCUUAUUCUUUGCUUCCUCCUCCUCCGCCACCUACCUCUGCUGGCCCUGGCCGCCGCCGCCCCCGGCAAGUGGGAUUUGCUCCUCUCCGACAUCGGCAUAUCCGCCAUGCACAUGCAGCUCCUCCACACCGACCGCGUCGUCAUGUUCGACCGCACCGACUUCGGCCCCUCCAACAUAUCCCUUCCCAACGGCCAAUGCCGCCGCGACCCCGCUGACACCGCCUUACCGCUCGACUGCACCGCCCACUCCGUCGAGUACGACGUCGCCGCCAACUCCAUCCGCCCCCUCAUGGUGCAGACCGACGUCUGGUGCUCCUCCGGCGCGCUCGUGCCCGACGGCACGCUCGUCCAAGCCGGAGGCUACAACGACGGCGAUCACGCUGUCCGGAUGUACAAGCCCUGCAAAGAUCACUCCUGCGACUGGCACGAAAUCACGGCUGGACUCACGCGGCGGAGGUGGUACGCCACCAGUCAAAUCCUGCCCGACGGCCGCCAGAUCAUCGUCGGCGGGCGGCGCCAGUUCAACUACGAGUUCUACCCCAAGAAAUCCGCGGCGGAGGGCUCCUACAAUCUGCCCUUCCUUGUGCAGACUAAUGACCCCCGCAUUGAGAACAACCUCUACCCCUUCGUCUUCUUGAAUAUUGAUGGACAUUUAUUUAUUUUCGCCAACAAUCGAGCUAUCAUGUUCGAUUACACCAACUCCAAGGUGCUCCGGACCUACCCGACACUACCGGGCGGGGACCCGCGGAGUUACCCGAGCACGGGCUCCGCAGUUUUGCUGCCGUUGAAGAGCAAUGCCGGAGCUGAGGUUUUGGUGUGCGGCGGUGCGACGAGAGGAGCUUAUGUUAGAGCAAACAACGGUGAUUUUGUUAAGGCUCUUGACACAUGUGGGAGGAUCCGAAUAAACGACCCGGAUCCUCAAUGGGUUAUGGAGACCAUGCCCUCGGGUCGGGUCAUGGGUGAUAUGUUGUUGCUACCGAAUGGUAAUGUCUUGAUUAUCAACGGCGCCGGCACGGGUACGGCCGGAUGGGAACUGGGUCGGAGCCCCGUGCUGUCACCGGUUGUCUACUACCCGAAUAAUGAAGCCGGGUCAAGAUUCGAGGUGCAGAACCCGACCUCCACCCCUAGAAUGUACCACUCCACUGCGAUAUUACUUCGUGACGGUCGUGUUCUCGUUGGUGGAAGCAAUCCUCACAUAUAUUACAAUUUCACUAAGAUAAUAUUCCCAACAGAUUUAACUCUCCAAUCAUUUUCUCCGACAUAUUUGGAUCCGCAGUUGGCGUAUCUGCGACCGAGGAUCCUUUCGCCCGUAUCCGAAUCCAGAUUCGGAUACGGGCAGCAGAUUCCGAUCCGGUUCAGCAUUCCUCCUGGUCGGCUAGAUAGAGGUUCGAUCAUGGUAACAAUGAUUGCGCCAUCGUUUACGACUCACUCAUUCUCAAUGAAUCAAAGAUUACUAGUGCUUGAGCGUGGGGAUGUAACGCCUAUCGGGAGAUCCGCAUACCAACUUCGGGUCGCAACGCCGGGUUCGAGUAAUCUUGCACCGGCUGGAUACUAUAUUCUGUUUGUGGUUCACAGAGAUAUUCCAGGUGAGGGAGUCUGGAUCCAUAUCAAUUGAGUGAUUCGGCCCGACCCAGCUGGUUUCGUUUAUUACGUCGAUGUUAGAUACACAUUAUUUAUGUAAAAAUGAUUUGUUUAUAGGGAAAAUAUUUGUAUACUUUAUUCAAAAUUAUAGAAAUGAACGUGUACGUAUAGAACAAAAUUAAAAGGUUUAUAUCAAGAAAGUUUCAUGCUAGGGGUGAUAUUGUUUA